AUGGCCAACAGCUCGUGCUGCCUCAUCGAGGGGGACUCCAUCUCACAGGUGAUGCCGCCGCUGCUUGUCCUGGCCUUCGUGCUGGGCGUGCUGGGCAAUGGCGUGGCCCUGUGCGGCUUCUGCUUCCAUGUGAAGACCUGGAAACCCAGCACCAUCUACCUUUUCAACUUGGCCGUGGCUGACUUCCUCCUCAUGGUCUGCCUGCCCUUUCGGACGGAUUACUACCGGCGAGGCAGGGAGUGGGCCUUCGGGGACGUGGCCUGCCGUGCCGUGCUAUUCAUGCUGGCCAUGAACCGGGCCGGCAGCAUCGUCUUCCUCACCGUGGUGGCUGUAGACAGGUACUUUAAAGUGGUGCACCCACACCACGUGGCCAACGCCAUCUCUGCCCGCACGGCCGCCAGUGUCGUGGGCGCCCUCUGGGCGGCUGUCAUCCUGGGGACCCUCCACCUGCUGCUGAGCAGCCGGCUGUGCGUGCGCCAGGGGGCUGCAUCCUGUGAGAGCUUCAUCAUGGAGUCGGCCAAUGGCUGGCACGACAUCAUGUUCCAGCUGGAGUUCUUCCUGCCCCUCGGCAUCAUCUUGUUCUGCUCUUUCCGGAUCGUGGGGCGCCUGCGGCAGCGGCAACAUCUGACCCGGCAGCCCCGGAUGAGAAGGGCCAUCUGGUUCAUCCUGGUGGUGACCCUGGUGUUCGUCACCGGCUACUUGCCCAGCGUGUCGGCCCGGCUCUAUUUCCUCUGGACGGUGCCCGCCAGUGCCUGCGACCCAUCGGUCCACCUGGCCCUCCACGUCACCCUCAGCUUCACCUACAUGAGCAGCAUGCUGGACCCCCUGGUCUAUUACUUCUCCAGCCCCUCGUUCCCCAAGUUCUACACCAAGAUCAAAAUCUGCAGUGUGCGAUCCAGGUGGUCGGGACACUCCAGGACACCGGGGCCGGAGGAGAUGCCGGUUUCCAACCUGCGUCGCAAAGCCUGUGUGCGCAUGGCUAAGCGAGGCCAGUCUGAUGUCCAGUGUGAUCGCCACGCAUGCUGA